UCACGCCAGAGUUCAGAAACAACCGGACGGAAGCGACGGAGAAGAGAAUCUGAGUGUUUGUUAACCUUUCAUUUGAGUUUUCAGUCUUCUGUCUCGCCGACAUGGAGCCUGUGAUUGUUCCUGUCGAAGCUGAAGGGUUCGUUCAGAGUCUGGAAACUUUCUCCAUCAGGGACCUGGGCUCUACGAGGUGGUUCAGACAGCAUGAGUACAUCGAGAAACUUAACAUACAAGCGAUACUGAAUGCCUCUGCCAUGCACGAUGAGUUCAUCAAGGAGCUGCUGGUGUCGUAUGGAAAGAUCCCCCUCCUGAUCCGUGAGAUGAUUCUCGUGGAAAUGUGGAAGCAGAAAGUGUUCCCUAUCUUAUGUCAGCUGCAGGACGUCAUUCCUAAGAGCACAUUUCAUCUUUACAUGGUGAUCCACCAUGAAGCCACAAUUAUAAACCUCCUGGAAACUAUCAUGUUUCACAAGGAUUCCUGUGAGGCAGCGGAUGACUAUAUGGUUGACUUGGUGGAUUAUUGCCACCGCAAACUCACCCUGCUGGCCAGUAAGGCAACCAGGGAGAACACUGCAGCUCAAUACAAGCUGACAGAUAAAACAGAUGUACCCACUAUGGAGGAGUUGCAGAUUCAAAGCGCUGCCCUGGAGUUUGAGAUCUCGCUGAAGGCUGUUUCUGUGCUGCGCUACGUCACAGAUCACACCAACAGUAUCAGUGCUAUCAAUCGCAUGCUGUGCACCCAUAACAUGCCUUGUGUACUCGUUCAGCUGAUUGACUGCUGCCCUUGGAGUCGCUUCAGAGAAGGUGAGCUGGAGAAGUACAUAAACUGCAAGUGGCAGAAGAUUUCUGCGGACGACCAUUUAAAGAUGACAAAACUUGACGGCCAGGUCUGGAUUUCCCUUCUCAAUCUGCUGCUGAAGGAAGAUUGCCAAAGAAAAUAUGACUUCAACAGUUUCAACAAGAAUCAGCUGCUGAAGCUCCGCGGUUUCUUGACAGAGGUGCUGGUUGAUCAGCUGCCAAACUUGGUGGAGCUGCAGCGUUUCCUGGCUCAUCUCGCAGUCACAGAUCCUGGCCCUCCAAAAAAAGAGCUUGUUUUGGAGCAGAUCCCAGAAAUGUGGAACCACAUUGCGAGGGAGAACUCAGGGAAGUGGAAGGCAAUAGCAAAGUAUCAAGUGAAAGAGACAUUCAACCCGUCUGAAAAUGACCUGAGAGUACAUGCACAGAGGUUGGCCCAGACGUACAACUUGGAUGUGAUGGAGAGUUUACUCCCUGAGAAGCCAAAGUGUGGAUGCUGUGGAAAAGAGGCAGCAAAGAGAUGCUCUCACUGUCAGGGAGAAUGGUACUGUAACAGAGAAUGUCAGGUGAAGCACUGGUCUAAACACAAGAAAGCGUGUCAGCUCAUGGCCGAGGCCACAGAGAAGAUCCAGAGGGAUCUGAACAUCAACAGCUGAAAGAAAAACUAUUGGAAGCUAAUUUAUAGACCGAACGAGAGUGCAAGAUGUUAUUCUGUAAACCAAAAUGUGAAGAAAAUAGAUCUGCAUGUGGGAAAUGCAGAUACAUUAUAAAUAAGGAAACUUCUUUCUUUGUACUUUCUACUCUUUGCUUUUUGUUUUGAACACUGUAAGGUUUUUUCCAUCAGAAACUAAAAGGGAACUUAAUCUGCAUGUAGAAGUAUUGAGAUCAGAUACACAGAAGUUUCCUGUAAACUGCCCACAUUAAACAGUCAAAAAUAUCCACUCUGUGAUAAAGUUGAAAGGAUAUUUGUUACUGCACUGAAUACAGAUCACCCCCCCUCCCCAUAAGACAUUUGUUUUGAUCCACAAAAUCCAGAUCAUCAUUCAGAUCCACACCAAAUGUCACCCGUUCAUAGAUACUCUACACAUGCUUAAGUUCUUCAUAAGUAUCUCUACAUUAUUUCUCACAAAGAAAGAAAAUAAAUGAAAAUGACCACCUGACCAUGCGAACGUGGCUCUGGAGAAGGU